AUGUUUUCUAGCGGCCCAAAUUACACAAAAUUAAAAACGCACCUCAAGUUAACGCUAAAUAGGUUAAAACUGCUACAAAAAAAGAAGACUGAGUUAGCACAAAAAGCACGGAAAGAAAUAGCCGAUUACAUUGCCGCUGGCAAAGUGGAAAGAGCUAGGAUUAGGGUAGAGCACAUCAUAAGGGAGGAUUAUAUGGUCGAAGCCAUGGAACUUUUGGAAACGUAUUGUGAUCUUUUGCUCGCCCGGUUUGGUCUCAUACAGCAAAUGAAGACACUCGACGAUGGUCUGGCCGAAGCAAUAUCGACCAUCAUUUGGGCAGCCCCACGCUUACAAGCUGAUGUUCAAGAGAUGAAAGUGAUUUCUGACAUAUUAACUUCCAAGUAUGGAAGACAGUAUUCUGAUGCAUGUAGAGAGGAAGCUAUGCCAACCAUAUCAGAAAAGCUCAAGCAUAAAAUGAGCGUACAGUCGCCAUCAAAAAUAUUGGUGGAAAAGUAUCUCAUGGAAAUAGCAAAGAACUACAAUGUCGAGUACGAACCUGAUCCUCAAGUUAUGGCCGAGGGUCAAGAUACGCUUUUGAUUGAUAUAGGAAACGGAGGACAAACUCCUAAUAACUUGGAUCAAGCAAGCGGUGGAGUUCCACAGCCACCUGGAUUCAUAGGAUUUCCACAGCUUCCAUUUCCACCCAAUCCAAGUUUCAAUAUUCCAGGCAGUAGUUUGCAUCUACCAAUGGGCUUUGUAGCACCAAGUGCAUCUAAUUUUAACGAAAAAAGUCAGAACGCUCAGUUUAAUCCCAAUUCAUUCUCCUACAAUAUACCACCAGAUAGGCCAGAAAUAUCACAUCGACUGGAGAACGACUUGCCACCACCUUAUGGAUCGUUUCCACCAGAUUUGAACAAACAAUCUGAUCAAAAGCCAAAGCCUCAACCACGUUCGAAAAUGCCAAUGAAUGAUUUCAACAUACCAGAUUUGCCGGGAGUUCCAUCUGACAAUGACGCAACAUCGAAUGCCACGGGAGAAAACGAUGAUAUUGAUUUUGAUGAUUUAAUGAAGCGAUUUGAAAAUUUGAAAAAGAGAAAAUGAUUUAUUUAUACUUGAAUGAACGAAACGUUAUUUAUCAAAGCUCAUGUAAGGAUUAUUUAAAAAAAAAAAAAAAAAAUCUGCUACUUUGUAGUUCUUAAGCGUAGAUUAGUGCCUUUGUAUAAAUAUGUAAAAUAAUGCAGACACUUGUACUUUUUAUUUUUCAUAAGAUUUUAUUACUCUGUACAUAAACUUGACAACAUGUCA